GGGACCGGCCGCCGUGGCGAGAGCGCGCCAGCCCCGCCGUGAUGCCCGCGCGCCCCGGACGCCUCCUCCCGCCGCUGCCCCGGCCGCUGGCCCUGGCCGCGCUGCCGCUGCUCCUGCUGCUGGGCGAUGGCGGCGGCGGGCGCGGAGGUGCCUGGGCUCAGGAGCCGGGGGCGGCGGCGGUGGACGGGCCCCCCGCGGCGGACGGCGGGGACGGGCAGGACCCGCACGCCAAGCACCUGUACACGGCCGACAUGUUCACGCACGGGAUCCAGAGCGCCGCGCACUUCGUCAUGUUCUUCGCGCCCUGGUGUGGACACUGCCAGCGCCUGCAGCCCACUUGGAAUGACCUGGGAGACAAGUACAACAGCAUGGAGGACGCCAAGGUCUACGUGGCCAAAGUGGACUGCACCGCCGACUCAGAUGUGUGCUCCGCGCAGGGCGUGCGAGGAUACCCCACCUUGAAGUUUUUCAAGCCUGGCCAAGAAGCUGUGAAGUAUCAGGGGCCUCGAGACUUCCAGGCGCUGGAGAACUGGAUGCUGCAGAGGCUGAACGAAGCACCCGCGACACCAGAGCCAGAAGCAGAACCGCCCAGAGCCCCUGAGCGCAAGCAGGGACUUUAUGAGCUGUCAGCGAGCAACUUUGAGCUGCACGUGGCGCAAGGCGACCACUUUAUCAAGUUCUUCGCUCCGUGGUGUGGUCACUGCAAAGCUCUGGCUCCAACCUGGGAGCAGCUGGCCCUGGGCCUUGAACAUUCUGAAACUGUCAAGAUUGGCAAGGUUGAUUGUACACAGCACUAUGAACUCUGUUCGGGAAACCAAGUUCGUGGCUAUCCUACUCUUCUGUGGUUCCGAGACGGACAAAAGAUUGACCAGUACAAAGGAAAGCGGGAUUUGGAGUCCCUGCGGGAGUACGUGGAUUCCCAGCUGCAGAGCACAGAGCCGGAGGCCCCAGAGAGUGUCCAGCCUUCAGAGGCCCCGGCGCCGGCCCCUGAGCCUGUGGCCCAGGGCACCGUGUUGGCACUCACGGAAAAGAACUUCGAGGACACCAUUGCAGAAGGAAUAACCUUCAUUAAGUUUUAUGCUCCAUGGUGUGGUCAUUGUAAGAAUCUGGCCCCGACGUGGGAGGAGCUCUCCAGAAAGGAAUUCCCUGGUCUGGCAGAGGUCAAGAUCGCCGAGGUGGACUGCACUGCAGAGCGGAACAUUUGCAGCAAGUACUCGGUACGAGGCUAUCCCACACUGUUGCUUUUCCGCGGAGGGCAGAAGGUCAGCGAGCACAACGGAGGCAGAGACCUUGACUCACUGCAGCACUUUGUUCUCCGGCAGGCCAGGGACGAGCUGUAGCACCCGCUCGCCAGUUGCCCGGCCUCGCGUGCCCCGGUUGCUGGAGCCGAGUCACGCAGGUGUUGUGGACUCUCACGUGGUGGUUUUUCAGAGAGCUGAACGUACUAAACUUGCGGUAUCUUCUUUGUGUGUGUGUUUUUUAAGCCAACACACUCUACAGAUUCUCUAAGUUUCUCUAAGUAAACACAUAAGUCACGAUCCCUUCACUAAAUAUUUUCUGGGGCGAUCAGUCAUCCCCUUUCCCCUUCUCUUGAUGAAUCUAAAUGGUUUCCUUUGAGACUAAAAUAGAGUUGAGGAAAAUUAAAUUGCUGAGCUGUUUUUGGCUCCUGAGUGAUUCUGGUGAACGUAUCACCUAAAGCAUUGUUUGGGACUGCCCAUGAGUCCUGGAAAGGUGACAGUAGUGAUACUCCUCUGAUCUGAAGGUCAAAACUGACUUCUUCAUAAUGUGGUUGGUUGGUCAGUAGCUUGGAGCAGAUCUAAAAACAGAAGAAACCCCACACCUCUGGAAGAUACCUCCACGUCCACCCCUGGCCUUGCUGUUUCUGUCAAUGCUCCUCUCCUCGCGAGAGGUCAGCCAUCCUGAAAGCAAUGGUACUUCUGACACGUGCCUGAGUAAGAGAAUGCUGGUGCC